CGCAUGCGCACUUGUUAAUGGUUGCCGGCAAGAUGGCAGCUCGCUGCUCCUCGCGCUGGUUCGCAGUAGCAGUGUCCGGGGUGAGGGGACAGCUGGUGCCAGGGGGGCACCGCUGGUCCCGGGCCGAGGGAGCCCAGCUAUUGGCUCUGCGGGCGGUGGGGGCCCGAGUCCUCGCAGGAGUCUUCACAGGGCAUGUCUCACAAUUCCACACAAGUUCAUCCGCCUGCAACAAAACAGACUUCUACCAGGUUUUGGGGGUCCCAAGGAAUGCGACCCAGAAAGAAAUAAAGAAGGCCUAUUACCAGCUGGCAAAAAAAUACCACCCUGACGCCAACAAAGAAGAUCCUCAGGCCAAGGAUAAGUUCUCUAAGUUGGCUGAAGCUUAUGAGGUUUUAAGUGAUGAAAUGAAACGCAAGCAAUACGAUGCAUAUGGCACUGCUGAUUUUGCAGCUGGAGCCAGCGGAGGUGGACAGCAGUAUUGGAGGGGCGGACCCACCGUAGAUCCAGAAGAACUUUUCCGCAGGAUCUUUGGGGAGUUUACUGGCGGCGGCGGAGGCGGGACUCCAUUUGGUGAUUUCAACAAUAUGUUUGAACAGCCCCAGGAGUACAUCAUGGACCUCACCUUUAUCCAGGCAGCUAAGGGAGUCAACAAAGAGAUAUCAAUUAACAUCACAGACACGUGUCCGAGGUGCAAUGGAAAAGGAAAUGAGCCUGGCACGAAACUUCAGCAUUGCCACUAUUGCAAUGGCACCGGCAUGGAGACGAUUAACACUGGCCCCUUUGUCAUGAGAUCAACCUGUCGACGAUGUGGCGGAAAGGGGUCCACAAUGACGAAUCCAUGUCUAUCCUGCCGGGGUAGUGGACAGACCAAACAGACGAAGACGGUGACUGUGCCAGUUCCUGCUGGUGUGGAGAAUGGGCAGACUGUACGAAUGCCAGUGGGGAAGAAAGAAAUUUUCAUCACGUUUCGGGUGCAGAAAAGUCAGACCUUCAGACGAGAUGGCGCAGACAUCCACUCAGACCUGUUUGUUACGAUCGCACAAGCUGUCCUUGGAGGCACUUCCAGAGCACAAGGCCUUUAUGAACCCAUCAGUGUUGUUAUCCCACCUGGUGCACAGCCAGAUCAGAGAAUUAGAAUCAGCGGCAAAGGCAUACCAAGAGUGAACAGUUAUGGCUACGGAGAUCACUAUAUUCACAUUAAGGUUAAGGUUCCAAGAAAUCUGUCAGAGAGACAGCGGACGCUGAUGUUGAGCUUUGCUGAGGAUGAAGUGGACGUGGAAGGCACAGUGAAUGGCUUAACCAACACAACAACAGAAAGUACCCGACAGAACUCUGCAGCUGGGAAGGAGAGUCCUGAGGCUGAGCAGGCAGGGGAAAACAAGGAGGGAUUCCUAAGCAAACUAAAGAAAAUGUUUAGUUCAUGACGGAAAGAGAUCAACUGGAAACUAGGAGAGAAAAAAAAUGUGGACUCUACUUAAUAUGGAGACAUGUCACUACGUUAAGAUGCUGAAAACAUCUUCUCUGACCGAAGCCAUCAGUUUACUGUAGCUACCCCUGGCAAUCCAUGAUGACACCAUAUCGGACUGUAAAUGAAGGAGACUUCCAAGGACCGGCCAAGUUUUUUUUUUUGUUUUUUUCUUUUUUUUUCUUCUUCCUUUAAAUAUUUAAUUUGAAAUUCUGUAGUGCAAUUUAUUUGUCGCAAUUUGUCACGCAAGCUGUAAAGAUUAUUACCCAAUCUUAUCUUUCUGCACUUAAAUAUAGUAUAUUUGACUUUAUAUUAUUCUAGGCUGUACAUCCUCUUAUGGGGGGCUUAAUUGUUGGCACAGCCAAUGGUACAUACAGUAAAAUAAGUAAUUUUGAGAAUAUCAAAUGUGCAUAGGCACCUUGGCUUAUAAAUGUUUCGUGUUCUAGGACAGUGUUUCCCAACUCGGCAUCUUGGAAACCACCAGCAGUACAUGAUCUACACACUUUAGUUGGGAGAAUAGGUGUAUUUGAGCUUUAUUUGUCAAUGUCUAAUGGGAGAACUGCCUGUCUGUGUUGCUUAUAGCAGCCAAUCAGAUCCUUCAUUUGAAUAUUCCAGUAAAGUACUGAAGUAAAGAGAAAACCGUGA